CCUCGGCUUCCCUUCCGCCGGAAGUGGGGCGACUUUCCCUUUCCGGCUACGGGUCCCGGAGCGGAGCGGGAGGCCGGACCGGGGAAGCGGAGCGACGGCGGCGGCGGCGGCGGCGGGGUCGGCCAUGGCGGAGCUGGUGCAGGGGCAGAGCGCUCCGGUGGGCAUGAAGGCUGAGGGCUUCGUGGACGCCCUGCACCGGGUCCGGCAGAUUGCUGCUAAAAUUGAUUCAAUUCCUCACUUGAAUAAUUCCACACCCUUGGUGGACCCCUCGGUGUACGGAUAUGGAGUACAGAAACGGCCCCUGGAUGAUGGAGUAGGUAACCAGUUAGGGGCCUUGGUACAUCAAAGGGCAGUAAUAACAGAAGAAUUCAAAGUGCCUGAUAAAAUGGUUGGAUUUAUUAUUGGCAGGGGAGGUGAGCAGAUUUCACGAAUUCAAGCAGAAUCUGGUUGCAAAAUUCAGAUUGCCUCAGAGAGUUCUGGGAUUCCAGAGAGGCCCUGUGUACUUACCGGAACCCCAGAAAGUAUUGAACAAGCCAAACGGCUCCUGGGGCAGAUUGUGGACCGCUGUCGGAAUGGCCCUGGCUUUCACAAUGACAUAGAUAGCAACAGCACAAUCCAGGAGCUUCUCAUCCCUGCAUCUAAAGUGGGUCUGGUCAUCGGCAAAGGAGGGGAGACAAUCAAGCAGCUGCAGGAGCGGACAGGUGUGAAAAUGGUCAUGAUCCAGGAUGGCCCACUGCCCACAGGAGCAGAUAAGCCUCUCCGCAUCACUGGAGACCCGUUUAAAGUACAGCAAGCAAGAGAAAUGGUCCUAGAGAUCAUCCGAGAGAAAGACCAGGCUGACUUUCGGGGUGUGCGUGGCGAUUUCACCUCCAGAGCAGGAGGAGGUAGUAUAGAGGUGUCUGUGCCUAGGUUUGCUGUUGGGAUUGUCAUAGGAAGAAAUGGAGAAAUGAUCAAAAAGAUCCAGAAUGAUGCUGGUGUGAGGAUCCAGUUCAAACCAGACGAUGGGAUUAGUCCAGAAAGAGCAGCACAGGUCAUGGGCCCUCCAGAUCGGUGUCAGCAUGCAGCGCACAUCAUCAAUGAGCUCAUUCUCACAGCGCAGGAAAGAGAUGGCCUUGGAGGCCUGGCGGUAGCUAGAGGAAGAGGCCGUGGCCGUGGGGACUGGAGUUUGGGCACUCCUGGUAGUGUCCAGGAAAUUACAUACACAGUGCCAGCUGAUAAAUGUGGCCUUGUAAUUGGCAAAGGGGGCGAGAACAUCAAAAACAUCAACCAGCAAUCAGGUGCGCAUGUGGAGCUUCAGCGGAACCCCCCUCCUAACACGGACCCCAACCUGCGGAUAUUUACCAUCAGGGGCGCUCCUCAGCAGAUCGAGGUGGCCAGGCAUCUCAUAGAUGAGAAAGUUGGCGGUGCCGGCCUCGGAGCCCCUGCAGCCUUCGGACAGAGCCCCUUCAGCCAGCCACCAGCCGCGCCACAUCAAAAUGCCUUUCCUCCCAGGGGCUUCCCCAACAUCGCUGCUAAAGUUAACGGGAACCCCCACAGCACCCCUGUGAGUGGCCCUCCAGCUUUUCUGACCCAGGGCUGGGGCAGCACUUACCAGGCUUGGCAGCAGCCCACACAAGUCCCAAGCCAGCAGAGCCAGCCACAGAGCAGCCAGCCCGACUACAGCAAGGCCUGGGAGGACUAUUACAAAAAGCAGAGUCACAGCACCAGUGCUGCUCCACAGACCAGCUCCCCACCGGACUACACGAUGGCCUGGGCCGAGUACUACAGGCAGCAGGCCGCCUUCUACGGGCAGACUUUAGGGCAGGCUCAGGCCCACAGCCAGGAGCAGUAGAUGGGCGUCUGCAGCGGCUCUUCCCCGAAAUCAGUGUGAGAAAAACCUGUUUGUUACAGAGAUUUUUAGAUUUGCAAACCUUUCAAUGAAGAACUUUUGUUUUGUUCUGUGAAACACUAUAUUUAGAUUAACAGAAUUUUUCUAAAAAUCGGGAAAAUUAGUUACUAAACAUUGCUGGUAAUUUCUGUGUCAUGAUUUCUUUGUUACUUCAAAUGUGUAAGCUCUGGGGUUCUUUUGGAGCAAAGCCUGCGAGCUCAGGUGCCCGAAUUCUCCUCAGAGACUCGACAUUUCAUCAAAUAAUGGGUUUGUUUUAUUUUUGUGUCUUUUUAUUUACAGUUUUUUUUUGUUUGUUUGUUUCUGUUUUCUGUUGCAACAGAAAAAAUGGCUUGGAAGUCUUAGGUGGUAUUGUAACAAAUUCUUUAAAAAAAAAUUUAAGCAGUAUUUAAAUAUUCGUAAAUGUAAAUUCAUUAAGUGUUUCACCUCUAAUUUCUUGUAUCUUGGCUGUCCAGUUUUAUUGCGUUUUUUUUUUUUAAGCUGAACUAUUAUGUAUUGUAAUUAAUGAUGUGAAUUGUGAGCUGAGACGGGUCCUUGUGUGUGGGAGGGGCGUUUGUGGGUUGUGUCAUUUCUAGCGUUCUGAGGGUAGCGCAGAGACGCAGUCCACCUUCAUGUAAGCUGCCCGUCUCCGUCACCUGGUGCAGUUGUAUGUCUAGACCUCCAAGCUGGUUUUAAAAACAAAAAGCCUUUCUCUAUUCUCAGAAAUAUAAAUACUGUUAUUUUUAAUAUUAAAAGAAAUUCAAUAUAACUUUUAACAAACACUGUGGACAUUAAACCAUAUAAAAAUGUAGUAACUAUUUUUUAAUUCCAAGGUGUUUUUUGCUUUUUUCUUUUAAAUAUUUUCUUAAUAUUUGUCAAAUUAACUAGAUAAAUAAAUAAAUCUAGUAUUAACCACAGUAUGAGUUAAAUAAUUUUGAUUUAAUAAAAGGGAUAAUAUGAUUUCCAAUGUUUACUGUAGUGUAUCUUGUACAGAUAACAUGUAUUUUUAAAGAAAAAAAAACGGAAUUGAAGCUAUUUUUUUCUUGCAUUUUGAAUUGACCCCGAGGAACAUUCCGUUUGAAAUGUGCUCAAGUUACAGUUUCCAGUUCUCUCAUUUUCCUUACAAUGCUUGAAAUGUCUAACUAUUAAAAAGGCAGUGGAAAUGUUAUGCAUGUUCGUUUGUUUUGUUUUUUUAAGGUGUUCUUUUUAUUUGACUGACAAUUCAUUUUACACUCUAUAUAAUAAAAUUUCCACAAGAUACCUUGUGGGCAAAGUG